ACAAACCCCAUUUCUUUCCAUCCAUCGCGAUGUACCCAACGUCUGGGCCGACCUACCUGCCUCUCGGGCAGACACCCGGCCAAGAGGACGACUCCAAUGCUGACAGACAGGCCAAGUACGGUAUACGUCGCUACAAACGUCUCAAGAAUAUCUUAUCGGGCAUCUUCUGGGUUGGCUUGGGCUUCUCUUUAGGUAUCCAACACGAUUCAAUGGAUCCUUUGAGUUCACCGGCCGAUAUAGAGGUUCACCGAGCCCGGAGCUCGACCGCGCGUGGGACAGGUUCACUCGACAUCCAUUCGUGGAUGGAACUGCCUCGUUGAUCGCCGUGACUGAGGACGACAUCAAGCGUUCCAAAAAGAUGUCUGAAAGCGACUGGUUCAACUCGAUAGUAGAGUACGGGAAUCUCGGAGGUGGCUACAUGGCCACCGUAGAGCUCUUCCACCAGCUGCAUUGCCUGAACAUGCUGCGCAAAGCAAUCCAUCACGAUUAUUACAAGAGAAUGGCCCCAUCGGCCAACGGAACGUACCCGCACAUCUUGAUAACCCACCUUGAUCACUGUCUCGAGAUCUUACGCCAAGUCAUAAGCUGUCAGGGUGAUACGGGCCUCAUAACCUUUCAUUGGGUUCAAGGCAACCCGGUGGCAUAUCCAGACUUCAACACUUGGCAUCAAUGCAGGGAUCCAGAGGAGGUUCUCCCAUGGGCGAAAGCGCGAGAGGCGCCCCUGAGCGCACCGCUAAAGAAGGAAAUGUUCUCCAAUUUAGUUGAAAUGCCCCAUACUCCCUAAUGAGAGGUGUCCACAAUUGCGAUACUGUUUGGCUG